UCAGCCAGUUGGAGAGCAUGCUUUCUCUGUGAAUCAGAUGGCCUAAGAUCUUUGCCAGCAGCUUGGCUGAUCUCAGAGGCUUCUUUGCAGCCUUGCUUGUCUGAGAAUGAUUCUGAGCAUCUUUAUAGAUUACUCUUGGAAAGAAGGGCCUAGUGAAUCUGAUCAUUUUCCGGAACUUCCUGAAGCUAUUUUGUGUUACUUCCUUCAAUCUUAAGGAACUUUCCUGGGGGGAUGGACCAAUCUGGAAGCAUGAGAAGCUGAUACAUGAGUUGGAAGAGGAGCGACACUUACGGCUACAGAGUGAGGAGCGGUUACGGGAGGUGACCCUGGAGUCAGAACGUAACAGGAUCCAGAUGCGUGGCCUGCAACAGCAGUUUUCCAGGAUGGAGGAAACUGUUCGAAGUCUACUGCAGAGCCAAGGGUCUCCAGAGCACAAAAGGGAAGAACCUUCCAAGAUCACAGCCUACGAGGAAAGAGUGUCUGAGGAAGAGAGAAAACAUCAGGAGGCACUGGCUGAUCUCCAGGUGGUGGUAGAUGAAGACUCAAGAAGUGAAAAUAGCAGUACCGAUGAGGGAAAAGAAAACACCAGGCUGCUCUUAAAGAGACUGAAGGCUCUGGAGGCAGAGAAUUCGGCACUGGCGCUGGAAAAUGAGAAUCAAAGAGAACAGUAUGAGAGAUGUCUUGAUGAGGUAGCCAACCAAGUCGUUCGAGCUCUACUCACUCAAAAGGAUCUGAGGGAGGAAUGUGUAAAGUUGAAAACCAGAGUGUUUGACUUGGAACAACAGAACCGUGCACUCAGUCUCCUGUUCCAACAGCGAGUCAGACCUGCUUCUGAUGUGCUCCUUCGGGAACAUCUCCAGAAUGCAAAAUCAGGAACCCCUGCCCUGAAACACUCUGGCUUAGGGGGAGUCAUCCCUGAUCACCUCUGUCCUCGAAACAGCUGCAGCAGCAGUGAGCUGUCACUGUCAAGCACCUGCAGCGAGUACUCCAGUGGCUCCUCCUACACGUGGCACGACCAGAAGCUCAUUGGGAAAAGGCAAUCAUCACAGAACUGGGAUAAAAGACUGAGUAUCGAUUCUUCGCUCCCAAGUGGCUUUGCCAGCCCUGCAGAUGAACUACCUCCAACCCGUAUCAAAGAGAGCCACAUUUUGGAAGGGCUGAGGAAGCUACAGAAGCGGAAAGUAUUACUUGAACCACCUUCAGUGAUAACCAAAUGGGGUUAUAAAGAUUGCAUGAACUCCAAUGAAGGGAUCUAUUCUCCGGGAACUAAAAAUAGCAGCCUCAAGGAGUAUCCCCCCUGCCAACCACCUGGCAUAGGAAUCCCCUGCAAGGAUCUCCAUCAUUCCUUUAUCUAUGAUGCAAAUUCUCAUGAGAAUGCAGACGAAGACUCCCCACCCUCAGCUUUGCUGCAAGCAGCUCCAAGCCUGAGCUGCAGGAUGCAGGGUAGUAAAUUAACCCACAGUGUUUCAGACAGUCUAUUUAGCUGGGAGCCACAUGGAAAAUACUUCUCAGAAGGUACAGUUUCAGUUUAUACAAGAGAAAUGCCUGAAAGGCUAGUUCGUUGUGCUAGCCACUGUCCCUUGGAGAGGAAGCUACGCCCCAGCAUGCACCUGCCGUGGGUACAAAGAGACAGGGACCCAAGCAGCCAAGGUCAUGGCUAUGUGGCCUUGACCCUUCCGCUUUCAGACACUGAUGACAAUGAGACCCUAAAUGAGCUGCACAUAGAGAGCAGCGAUGAGAGAAGCCCUUCAGACCUGUCAUUGACCGGGGACACUGACAAGUCCAUGGAGAACCUAGACGUUGGAUCUGGAAAGUCUGAAUGUAGCUCUCGUGAUGUGGAGGAAGAAGAAUGUCUCACCCACUUAGAGACAAGGCCAAAGACAUUUGGUUUCAUCAGGCAGCAAAGGGUUGUCAAGAGAACGUCUUCAGAAGAAUGUGUCACAGUUGUAUUUGAUGCAGAAAAUGGAGAGCCCGUUGAAUUCAGCUCCCAUCAGACUGGAGUUGUCACUGUGACCAGGGAUGAAAUUUCCAUCAACUCAGCCCCUGCUGAGCCCUCAGAACUCACUCAACUUUCACCUCAGGGAAUUACUCAUUUACAGCCAGGAGCUAUUGCAAGAGACUGUCCUUUUCAGAAGAGACCUGAGGAGGAGACUGAGAAAAACAUUCCAAAAGAUGAGAGCAGUAUCCCCAUAGCGCUGACUGACUCUGUUGGACCCAGGACUAUAGUAACUCAGAAUUCCCCACGACCAAAGCUCACCAAACCAACACAAGGUGUAGCCUGGCAGAGUAAUUCUAGACCUGGGGCAAACAUGGGUGUUUAUGCACAUCAAGGUCUGACAAAAAUUCCUUCCAGAGGCAAGUCUACACCUCAGAAAUCAAAACUGGUGGAGCCUGUGCCAGCCAUGCUACUCCCCUCCAGUGGCCUAGUGACUCUUGAGAAGACACCAGCAUCCCCUCCAGGGAAACUUCCACAAUGCAAAAAAACAGAGAGCCCUGAUUCUCUCUGUGAUGUGAAACCAGAAUCACACAUUCCAAAACACCCCACCCAGCUUCCUCAUGUCACCAAAAUUUCCAAUAAGAAGAAUUGGGUUCAGUGUCCCAAGAGUCAGGCUCCAGGGAUCCAGUCACAUCUCAUGGGGAGCGGUAACCAUGGUGAAUCCCCCAUGAAGGCCAAACACUGUGGCUCCGGGUCAGAGACAAGAGUGAGGUCUCCCUCCCCUCCACCCCCUCCAGGGAGGUCAGUCUCCCUCCUGGUCAGACCCAUUUAUGACUAUCCACCACUUCUAUCACCUGCUAAACCCGAAACUCGGGUCCCUAGGGACACUGUAAGUCCGGUGGUGAAAUCCCCACCAUUGAAAGGAGCCUCUGUUCCUGUCAUCUCUCCCAGCCCAGCCACGUCAGAAGUGCAGAAGAAGAAAAUUUCUGUGGCUUCCAAAAAGCCUACCUUCCCUCCAGCUCCUCCCCCUACAGAUGCAGUGGUGCACACAUCCUCCAGCUCAUUUGAUGUGAUGGCUCCAGGGCCUCCAAAGGUCUCUCCAAAGAGAGGCAUCCCCAGACCUCACCCUCACCAAGCCCUGGGAACCACACACAUGGACACAGAGUUACAAACACCCAAAACUUAUCCUUCAAAUCAAGAACUGUUAGAGGUAGCAUCCUCGAAAAGCUUGUCUCCAGGGAGAAAAGGACAGUUGAGUGACAGCUCUAUGAUACUCCACAGGCCUUCCAUCUCAGGGACGAAUGAGUCCUUGACAUCUCAGGUUAACAGUCCCUCCCCAUCUUCCUCAUCCUGCAGAAGCCAGGGCACAUCACAAAGCCGUCAAAACCCUCCCGAGAAAGGACCGAAAACUCGCCUCCCAGUAGGACUCAAAGUUCUCAUGAAGUCUCCUCAAUUGCUCAGGAAAACGUCCGUGGUUCCAGGGAAACAAGAAAAAGAUAGUUUAAAUGAAGCUUCUAGAAGUUCUGUGACUUCCAACAAGUCUAAUCCCGAGGACUCCAGAGACCCAGCAAGUCUGGAGGCCUCAGGAGAUGAGAGAAAAACAGCCUUGCUAGGUCCACGAGAUCUGGACAGUGUAGCUGGAGGGCUUCCCUUAGAGUCAGCAUUGCCAGAGUCAUUGGAAAGCAGCAUCUCCAAAGCUGAUGGAAGGGAUGGGAUGGAGAACAGAUGGGUAAAAAGAUCCUUCUCCUCCAGCAAGCCACAUCUAAAGCCAGCUCUAGGCAUGAAUGGAGCCAAAGCUCGGAGCCAGAGUUUCAGCCUCCAUUUGGGAGAGAAGCCCUCCACUCCCCCAACAGAAGGGCCAGGCAAGAUUCGAACUCAGAUCAUUACCAACACAGCUGAGAGAGGCAAUUCCCUCACCAGGCACAACAUCUCCAUGGAAGGGUCCCCAAGCAAGAGCUCCUGUGUCUCAACAUCUGAUAAACUUCCCAAUGUGGGAAGGCCUGUAGAGCAGACCUUUUCCAGGCAGAGUUCCCUCUGUAGCACAGGAAGCUCUGGAAGCCAGCAUGGAAGCCCAAGCAAACUACCUUUGAGGAUGCUCACAAGGCCAGAAGAACUCACCACCCCUGGAGUGGAAGACCAACAGGAAGAAUGUCCUGGAAUGGAUGUAGUACAUGAGCAAUCUAGCAGUGACCACCACAGGCAUCCAUCCACCCCAUCAGACUGUGCUGAGUCCCUGCAAAUCCCAGGGAGGAUGCAGCAUCCAAGCAAUUUGGAAACAAGUGGGAUAUAUGAGCUAGAAACUUCUGGAUGCCAUCCAGAGGCUUCUCCAACUGGGCAUGGUAUCAUGAGCCCAGAAGCCCCCCUCUCACCCUCCAUUGAAGAAAAGGUCAUGUUGUGCAUUCAGGAGAAUGUGGAAAAGGGCCAAGCACAGACAAAGUCUGCCUCUGUGGAAGUGAAGCCCAGGGCAGGGCCUUCAUUCACCAGCUGGUUUGGUUUUCGGAAGAGCAGACUUCCAGCUCUCAGUAGCAGGAGAACGGAGGCCUCCAAAAGUAAAGUGGAAAAGAAAGAUACAAAACUAAAAUCAGAGAGGAAAAAAGAAAAGAAGAAAGCCGAAGUACAAUCUAAGAUAGAAAGCGAACUGAAUAGGGGCACCAGGGUGGCAGAUGGGCAGAGUUCAGACGACGGUGUGCGAGGCACCCAUAAUCUGAAAGCAUCGCAAGACAUUUAUAAUGAAAUGAAGUUGGAGCCAAGAAAUAAACCCAGCCCUGCUGUGUGCACAACAAAAGACGCCUUCAUGAUGGAACUUCUAAACAGAGUUGAUAAGAAAGCAGCUCUCCAGACAGAGAGUGGAUCAAAGGGUGUUUCCUGCAGGAGCGUGUUAGAGGGCACCUCCCAGGGCUCCUGUUUUGCCAGCGGCUCUGUCAGCACUCAAGGAAGUCAAAAGAAAAACAUCAAAACCAAAGUCGAUAUGGAAAAACCAAGAGAAUCCCUGGGGGCAGAGGUCAAUGAAGACUUACGAGAGGAUGAAGAAGAUAGACUUGCUGACUCUGCGCUUCAGAGCCACGUGCUAGAAUCAAACUGCCAGAUGAGAACACUGGACAGUGGGAUUGGAACCUUCCCUCUCCCGGACUCAGGAAACCGCUCAAUGGGACGAUACAUAUGCCAGCCAGACUCCCCAGAGGACACUGAGCCCCUCCCACCUCUCCAGCCAGCCUCUUCCAUAACUUCCUCUGCCAGAGCCCAAACUCUUGAACGUGAAGUGCCUUCCUCCACAGACAGCCAGAGCUCCUCGGAGUCCACUGUCAUCCAUUCCAUAUCUGACCCUAGCGUGAUGGCCAGAGGGAUUCAAGCUCUGCAGAGCCACCUUCCCAAGGCCACUUCCUCAGGAAAAACCAGUUUCCAAAAGCAGAAUGAAGCAGAGUCAAAGACCCAGACUGGCCCAUCAUUUGAAUAUGUGGAGGAUGCAGUGGCCCGUGAGCCCCUUUCAGGAUGGAGGGGUGAAGAUGCUGCCACUGAGACCCAGGAACUGAAACAAGUUGAAGAAACAAAAGAAGAUCCUGAGAAUAGAUUAUCUGAAAUUUCCCCGGAGUCGUUCAAUAAAUUUAACGGCAAUACUGUGAUUUUAUUAGAAACUGAGAAGUCUCCAAGCAAGGUUAAAGGACAAAAGGAAGAGAAAGGCAAAAAUAUAGAUGCUUCAUCAAGUAACUCGGCUAGGCCUGGCGGAGACAACAACGUGGAGUCUCUGAGUGACUCUUUGUAUGAUAGUUUCUCCUCUUGUGCAAGUCAAGGCUCCAAUGAGGCCUAGAGGAGCACCCCUCAGUGCGACCUGAACACGGUGCACUAGGAAAAUGGACACAGAGCUGGGGAUGCAGGGGGCACUAACUCCAGAGAAGCUGACAGCAGCCAACACACCAGAGUUUACUCCCCUAGUGGAUUGAUAAGGAUCACCGAUACUUACUGUGUUUCAUGAGGAUUAAAAGAAAAAUAUGAUAGAGAAUUCUCAAUGUUUGCACUUUUUUGAGUAUUUGUAUAAAAGCUGUAAAUUCUGGGGGAAGAGAAAUUAUAUUUGUAGGGGGAGAAAGAUAGCAAUAAAAAGAGUUGGCGCCAUGCUCUUGAAAUGAUGUAUUAAGUUUUAGAAGUUGAUAAUAUAUUUUUUAAAAACUCCAACUAAGGAUUUUGUGACAUUCAUCACCCUGGUCCUCAAAUUAUUUGUGUUAUACUGUUUCAAUCUAAAAGUGGGGCCUGCAGAAAAGCCAGAGAGUUGAGGUCAUCACUGUUUCUCAACAUCUCAUUUUGAUUGAAAAUCUGAAUGGUGGUCCAAUUUCCCAAUUGUCGCUAGGAAGAGAUGACAUCAGUAGUGCUUCUCCUGGAUGCAGAAGGGAGCAAAUCUUAGCAGGCUUCACUCCCAGGCAUCUUCCAUCCUCUCCAUUGUAUUUCUCUACAAUUCUGAGUUUGUUGAUUUUUUUAAAUCUCCCUACUUUUUUUUUUUAAGUUAAAAUCUGGGUACUCUAUUUGCCAUAUUCACUUCAUAAAAAUAAAUGAAUGGUUGGUGCUAUGAAACUUUCUUACUUUUUAAUAUCCUUUUUUCUAUUAAAGACUGUUUAUAUGUGAGGAUAAAUUCUAUUUUAAAGGUUAUGUGUAUUUUUUCUAGACGUGAACUAUUUAUAAUUCCUUCUGUACAGAAGCCCGCAGCCCAGGCAGAGUAGAGCUGUGAUUAGAAUUUGUGCAGUUGCCUUAGCACACUUGUAUCUUUAUAGAGUAUUGUAUGACCAGUGUUAUUUUGUUUGUGCAAUUUGUUGUAUUUGGGUUUUGUUAUCUUCAAUUCAAAUUGUGUAAAGCAUCUUUGUCUUUCAGACUUUAAAAAAAAAUCCUUUUGUUUCAUUUCAUUUCGGAAUAAAAGCCCUAUCACAUCCUCCAA